AUGGUCACAAGUAUAUUAAUUGUUUGUCUGACUUCUCCAAAAUCGAAAGUUCAAUCGUGUGAACUAAAAUUUAUACCAACUCCUCGAAACCCGAUUGAGUAUAAUUUUGGUCUUCGAUCAGCUGCCGUUGGCAAUUUUAACAAUGAUGAACAAUUAGAUAUUGUUGUCGCCAAUAAUGUCGUUGAUAGUAUAUCUGUAUUUCUUGGAUAUAAUAACGGUGCUUUUGAAAGUAAAAUGAUUUACUCAACCGGUUUACAUUCUGCGCCAUACAUGGUAGCCAUCGGUGAUUUUAACAACAAUCAUCACACGGAUAUUGCUGUCGCAUAUUUCGGUACUAAUAGCAUCGGUAUAUUUCUUGGAUUCGGAAACGGUUCUUUUACUAAUACAACAGUAAUUUCAACUGGUUCAUCUCGUCCAAUCUGGAUACAUCUAGUUGAUCUCGAUAAUGACACAUUACUCGAUAUCGUUACAGCUAAUUAUGGAACUGAUAGUAUUAGCAUAUUUUAUGGAUCUGGAGAUGGACGUUUUGCAUAUCCGAUGACAAUUUCAACCGGCUAUGAUUCUUCGCCAUUCUCGGUCAUCAGUGCAGAUUUUAACAAGGAUAAUCAAUUAGAUCUUGCUAUUGCCAAUUAUGGUACAAAUAAUAUAGGUAUAUUUCUUGCAAGUGGUAACAGAAUCUAUUUACAUCAGCAGGUGUUUUCAACUGGAAUUAAUUCCCAUCCAUAUUCGCUCAUCGUUGGCUAUUUUAAUGAUGACAGUUUAUUAGAUAUUGCUGUCGCUAAUCAUGGAACAAACAAUGUCGGUGUAUUUCUAGGCAACACCAACGCCACUUUUACCAGUCAAACAACAUACUCACUUAAUACUUCUUCACCAUAUUCUAUUGGUCUUGGUGACUUCAACAAAGACUAUCGACUUGAUUUAGUCAUCAGUAAUCAAGGUACUAAUAAUAUAGGAAUGUUACUGGGACUCGGUAAUGGCAGUUUUUCUGAAGCAACCAUGAGUUCAACUGGCUCUUCUUCUUCAAUCUCUCUUGCUGUAGCUGAUUUCAACAAAGACAAUCUGCUUGACGUUAUUAUCAUUAGCAACGAUACUGGCAGUAUACGCAUUCUUUUUGGUUAUGAUGAAGGCUUUGAACCACAAAAAUCGUAUCCAACUGGCAGUAAUCCACGGUCUGUAGCUAUUGGUGAUUUCAACAAUGACACUCGAUUGGAUAUUGUCGUUAUUAAUUUCGAUGACAACACUACAAGUGUACUUCUCGGAUAUGGUAAUGGUUCUUUUGCAAAUCAAACUACCUAUUCAACUGGCAUUUCGCCAUAUUCUGUAGCUGUUGGUGAUUUCAACAAUGACGCUCGACAGGAUAUCGUUGUUGCUAACUGGAAUGACAACACUACAAGUGUACUUCUCGGAUAUGGUAAUGGUUCUUUUGCAAUUCAAACCACGUAUCCAACUGGGUCUGGACCAUCUUCUGUUGCUGUUGGUGAUUUCAACAAUGACACUCAACUAGAUAUCGUCGUUGCUAAUUCGGAUAACAACACUGUAAGUGUACUUCUCGGAUAUGGAAAUGGUUCUUUUGUAAAUCAAAUUAUAUAUUCAACUGGCUCUCAUCCAGAAUCUGUAGCUAUUGGUGAUUUCAACAAUGACACUCGACUGGAUAUCGUUGUUGCCAAUCAGGGUGACAACACCGUAAGUGUACUUCUCGGAUAUGGCAAUGGUUCUUUUGCAAAUCAAACUACAUAUUCAACUGGCUCUCAGCCAGUUUCUGUAGCUGUUGGUGAUUUCAACAAUGACACUCGAUUGGAUAUCGUCGUUGCUAAUCCUGGUGACAACACUUUAAGUGUACUUCUCGGAUAUGGCAAUGGUUCUUUUGCAAAUCAAACUACGUAUCCCACUAACCCUAACCUAUUUUCUGUAGUUGUUGGUGAUUUCAACAAUGACACUCGACUGGAUAUCAUCGUUGCUAACUUUGGUGACAACACUGUAAGUGUACUUCUCGGAUAUGGCAAUGGUUCUUUUGCAAACAAAGUUGAAUAUUCAACUGGCAUUAAUCCAUUCCCUUUAGCUGUUGGUGAUUUCAACAAUGACACUCGACUAGAUAUCGUCGUUGCUAACUCUGGUGACAGCACUGUAAGUCUACUGCUUCAUUAUAGCAAAGGAUCUUUAGGUAACGAAAUAAGUUUUGCACCUGGUGGUGGUUCUCGUCUGCGAUAUGUUGCUGUCGCUGAUUUUAACAAUGAUACGAUGUUAGAUUUAAUCGUCGUUAAUUAUGGCACUAAUGAUAUAGGUGUACUUCUUGGAAAUGGCAAUGAAUCAUUUUUAGAGCAGAAAACGUUUCCAACAGGCUCAAAUCCAUAUUCGCUUGCCAUAGGUGAUUUCAAUAAUGAUGGUCAACAUGAUUUUGCAGUAGCCAAUUAUGGUUCUAAAACCAUUGAUAUGCUUGUUGGAAAUGGAAAGGGAACAUUUACACGUCAAGUAACUUAUGGAUCUAGCUUGAUUUUCGCUCCUGUAGCUGUUACUACUGGUGAUUUCAACAAUGAUGGACAGUCAGAAAUGGAUCUAUAUGAAUAUUAUAUCAUCCGAUUUAAACUUAAUUUAACAACUUCGAUUAUUGUCGCAUAUGGCAAUACUGAUAAUAUAGAUAUAUUUGUUACAUUUGAUACUGGCGCUUUUAGAAAUCAACUAACGUAUUCGACUGGCAGUUCUCCGCAUCCUGUAGUUGUUGGUGAUUUCAACAACGACACUCGACUAGAUAUCGUCGUUGCUAAUUCUGGUGAAAACACUGUAAGUGUACUUUUCGGAUAUGGCAAUGGUUCUUUUACAAAUCAAACCACAUAUUCAACUGGCUCUUAUCCAAUUUCUGUAGCUGUUGGUGAUUUCAAUAACGACACUCUACUGGAUAUCGUCGUUGCUAACUAUGGUGAUAACACUGUAAGUAUACUUCUCGGAUAUGGCAAUGGUUCUUUUGCAAAUCAAAUGAAAUAUUCAACUGACUUUGCAACAGUUUCUGUAGCUGUUGGUGAUUUCAACAACGACACUCGAUUGGAUAUUGUCGUUGCUAACUUUGGUGACAACACUGUAAGUGUACUUCUCGGAUAUGGCAAUGGUUCUUUUGCAAAUCAAAUAAAAUAUUCAACUGGCUUUGCACCAUUUUCUGUAGCUGUUAGUGAUUUCAACAAUGACACUCGACUGGAUAUCAUCGUUGCUAACUUUGGUGACAACACUGUAAGUGUACUUCUCGGAUAUGCCAAUGGUUCUUUUGCAAAUCAAAUAAAAUAUUCAACUGGCUUUGCACCAUUUUCUGUAGCUGUUGAUGAUUUCAACAAUGACACUCGACUGGAUAUCAUCGUUCCUAAUUCUGGUGAAAACACUGUAAGUGUACUUCUCGGAUAUGGCAAUGGUUCUUUUACAAAUCAAAUGAAAUAUUUAACUGGCAAUUCACCACAUUCUGUAGCUAUUGAUGAUUUCAACAAUGACACUCGACUGGAUAUCGUUGUAGCCAACCGAGGGGACAAUACUGUAAGUGUACUUCUCGGAUAUGGCAAUGGUUCUUUUGCAAAUCAAACGUUGUAUUCAACUGGCAUUUUUCCAUAUUCUGUAGCUGUUGGUGAUUUUAACAAUGAUACUCGGCUCGAUAUUGUGGCAGCUAAUCAUGGUAGCAACACUAUAAGUAUAUAUCUUGGUUACUUAAAUCAGAACUUUCAAUACCAAAUGACACUGAUAACUGGUAAGAGGUCUGUUCCGCGAUCAUUAAUUGUUGGCGAUUUUAACAAUGAUACUUUUAUGGAUAUUGCUGUCGCGAAUUCAGGCACUAAUAAUAUUGGUAUUUUCCUUGGAUUUGGCAAUAGUUCUUUUUUAAAUCAAACAACCUUUGCAACUGGCUCUGGUGCAUGGUCUUUAGCUGUUGCUGAUUUAAAUAACGAUAGUCGAUUAGAUAUUAUUGUCAGUAAUAUUAAUGAUAGCAAUAUUAGUGUAUUUCUCGGUUAUGGGAAUGGAUCUUUUACGAAUCAAACAAUAUAUUCAACUGGAAUUAAUUCUGAACCUUACUCAGUUGC